AUGCUUUUAUCAUUAUUGUUAAUAUUAUACCAUUUAUCAAUUAUAGCGGCAUCAUUUAUAGCUGCAUCCUCAGAUGGUUAUGCUCCUGUUAAAGUAUCUUGUCCUGGUGGUCAAUUGACUAGAUCAUCAACAACGGGCUUAAAUCCAGAUGAACAAUCAUAUAUCAAUUCAAGAUAUCAAAUUGCAAAGCAAAAUUUGGCUACUUUCCUUAAUGAUGCUAAUUUGAAAGACUUUGAUGUAUCUAAUUUUCUUAAUAAUGCAAAUCCAACUAUAGGUUUAGCAUUUUCUGGUGGUGGAUAUAGAGCACAACUCUGUGGAGCUGGUCAAUAUGCUGCUUUAGAUUCAAGAACUAAUGUUGUAAAUGGUAAAGGAUUAGGUGGCAUUUUACAAUCUUCGAGUUACAUUUCAGGAUUAUCUGGUGGUGCAUGGCUUGUUGGAUCAUUAGUGUCGAAUAACUUGAUUUCAAUUGAUGACUUAAUUAAUCAAAAUUCACUUUGGCAAACAGAACAUUCAAUUUUAUCACCUUCUGGUAAUUUUUUGAAAGAUAUUGGUGCUUAUUUCAAAAUUGGAGAACAAGUUCAUGGUAAAGAAAGUGCAGGAUUUGAUGUCACUAUUACCGAUAUUUGGGGAAGAGCAUUAAGUUAUCAAUUAUUAGCUAAUUCACCAAACAAUGGAGCAGGCAGUAAAUUCAGUGAUAUUAUAAACCAACCAAAUUUUCAAAAUCAUUAUAGUCCACUUCCUAUUUUAGUAGCAGAUGGAAGAGCACCAGGCACUAGUGUUAUUAAUUUGAACAGUACAGUAUUUUCAAUAACUCCAUUUGAAGUAGGAAGUGAAUCACCUUCUUUACAAUCAUUUGUUCAAACAAAGUAUUUGGGUACAGAAUUAGAUAAUGGUUAUCCCGUUGAUUCAUCAACUUGUAUUAAUUCAUUUGACAAUGCUGGGUUUUUAUUUGGAACUUCCUCCUCAUUAUUUAAUGGAAUAAUACUUACAUUAGGUCAAACUAAAUUGCCCAAUUUUAUUACAGAUUUAAUUAACAAAUUUGCUGUCGAUCCAUUUGAAAAGUUAAAUGUUGAUGUUGCUAAUUACAGUCCCAAUCCAUUUUACAAAAGUUCAAAUCCAGAUACAUCAAUCGCGAAAUCAAAGACUUUAUAUUUGGUAGAUGGAGGAGAAGAUGGUCAAAAUGUUCCAUUGGAUCCUUUAUUGCAUCGUAAUUUAAGUACGAUCUUUGCUUUUGAUAAUUCAGCAGAUAAUUUACAGUGGCCAGAUGGUACAAGUUUAGUUAAAACUUAUGAACGUCAAUUUUCAGCAGAAGGGAAAAAUUCCGCAUUUCCAUACGUUCCUGAUUCAAAUACUUUUAGAAAUUUAAAUUUAACAGCUAAACCAACUUUCUUCGGUUGUGAUGCUAAAAAUUUGACAGGUUUAGCUGAUGAUGUAUUCAGUGUUCCUUUAGUAAUUUAUUUUGCAAAUCGUCCCUACUCAUAUUGGUCAAACACAUCAACAUUUAAGUUAGAAUAUGAUAUUGAUGAAAGAAACUCAAUAAUUUCUAAUGGUUUUGCGGUUGCAUCAAGAUUAAAUGGUACAAUAGAUUUGGAAUGGAAUGCUUGUGUAGGUUGUGCAAUUAUAAGAAGAGAACAAGAAAGAUUAGGUCAUGAUCAAACUGAUCAAUGUAAAAAAUGUUUUCAAAAAUAUUGUUGGGAUGGAACUAUAUAUCAAGGUAAUCCAAUAGGUGAUAAUUUUGAUGAAAGUGGGUUAACUGUUGUUGCUAAUGAUUAUACUAGUAACUCGAUACCUGGGUUUUUUGAAACAGGUCCAAAUUUAAAGAAAAGAGAGUAA